AUGGGGCAUACACAAUCCAGUGGAGACGUUCCAUCUCUAUCUCUGGAUAAAUCACUACCAUCUGUACCUACAUUAGUUCUAGAUAACCAUAAUAAAAAUCCAAUAAUAUGUAAUAAUUUACCCACUUCAACUUAUAACUCUAAAGAAAAAUUUUUGUCCUCAAAAUCAAAUUUUGUCAUGUCUCCCGUGGCGGAAGGAUAUGAGACCGAAAAGUCCCAAAAACAAACUUUAAAUUCAAUUCAACAAAAUACAGAUGAUUAUUUUUCAUAUCGUAAAUCUGAAGCAAAGGGGAAGUCCACCAAUUUCGUUGUAGACCAACCUCAAACUCCAUCUUCUAUUAAUUCUUCGUACGAUGAUUACGACUCUUCUGAGUCAAGUUACAGCAGUCAUUCAAGAUCUUAUUCUUCAGAUAAUGGCUAUCUCUAUAAAACAAAACAUUCAAGAGAUCAUAGAUCAUUAUCAUUACCAAACAGUCCUUUGGAAUUUUCUCGUCGUCAAUCAUCCUCUUAUCUCUCUCAUUGUUCUUUGUAUUCGGAAUCUCGUUAUGAACCACUAAAAUGGAAAAAGAAACUUGAUGCUAGAAGACGAUCUUCUUUAAGAAUAAAAAACAACUCUUCACCGGUUUCCGAACCAAAUAAUAUACCUUAUUCUUAUAAAGAAGCAAUGGAUAAAAUUUGUGGAGAAAAUCAUUUUCUCACCACUUAUCAAGAAUCGGAUUCAUCCUUUCGUCGAUCUGACGAUGACUUUUGCAAUUCCACUCCAAAUACUUCAGUUACUGCGUUAAGUAGUGUUAAUGACGAAAUUACUGAAGAUCUUUCUUCUUUAGAUCCAAAACUUCUUUUUGGUUCUGAAACAUUUUAUUCUUUACCAGAAUCUCAUGUGUUAUACCUAAUUCAAAAGGAUGAUGUUGGCGGACAUUCUGAAGUUGUUAUUUGGCAAAGUCUUAUCGAAUGGGGUAAAAGAAAUACUCCAAAAUUAAAUUUUGAUAAAGACGUUAAUAAAUGGUCUCCAAAAGACUUUGAAUCACUUGCAAGAACAUUACGUAAUUGUAUUUAUUGGAUUCGAUUUUCACAAAUGACUCCAAUUGAAUUUCAAAUUUAUGUUAUACCAUACAGACCUAUUAUUCCUCAAUAUAUUAUUGGAGACUUUUUACGUCAAAAAAUAACAGAUCAUUCAAAAGUUUCAUAUGCAUUGGCACCUCCAAGAAUUCCAACAACCUCGAUAGAAUCAGACCUAAUUACAGGUCGACACGCUACAAUUUUGAGUCAAUGGAUUAAAAAUGAAACUCAUGAAUCUGUAGAAGGAAAGCUUUCACAUAGAUUUAACCUUAUUUAUCGAGCAAGUAGAGAUGGAAGUACAUCAAAAGAUUUCCAUUUACAUUGCGAUAAUCAAGGCCCGACUAUUUUAGUCGUAAAACUUUCUGGGUAUAACAUAUUUGUUGGUGGAUAUAACGCAAUGAGUUAUAAAGAAUCAUCAAGACGUUCUAGCCUUUCAUUAUCUAGAAGAAAUUCAAUAAAUAAAAAAUUGGAAGAUCUUGCACAACAAAAUUGUUUCAUCUUUUCUUUUGAAAAUUCAUAUUUCCCUGAACAGACAGCAAUUAUUAGUAGAGUAAUUCCGGAAUAUAAAAAAGAGGCAAUAAUAAGGCACAGUUGGGGCGGACCAUGCUUUGGAAAGGGGGAUCUUUUGGUUUGUCCUGACAAGAACAAUAAAGUUUUACAAAUUCACCCAGAAUCCUAUGAACUUCCUAUAAUAAACUCUAAUAGUAGGAAUUUUAGAUGGGAUGACUUUGAAAUAUUUCAAGUUAUUGAUAUUUGA